AUGUCAGAAGACGAGAAACCGAGGGUUCCAAGAAAGUUUCAAGCAAAACGUGUCCACGGAAAGUCCAGCACCGCCGACGCAACGAUCGAAUGGACCGGAGAUACCAUAAACUGCGGGCAUGGGCGCUUCAGCACGGUCGUAUUGAUCAGCCUCGAGCAGCCGGAGCAGGGGCUGUUCGCCUACAAACACGUCAAGGCGACCCAGCUAUGCCGACCAAAGGGCAAAGGCUCGUCAACAGAACCAUUGCCGCAAAAGGAAGGAGAACUUCCGGCCGAGAUCGAGAUCCUCAGCAAAAUCCAGCACAACCACUGCCUCCGACUACUUUAUUAUCAGCUGACAACAGAUAUCGGGAACCCUUACAACAUGAUUCUCGACAUGUUGCCCCACGAAGUCGGUCGGCAUCUAAAGGAUAACCGGAAGGGAUUCAACCUGCUGGACACAAAGGUUCUCUCCUGGCAAAUGUUCAACGCCCUCGCCUAUCUCGCCUCGAUGAACAUUGCCCAUUUGGAUAUUAAGCCGGCGAACCUCAUCUUUGACGAGAACACGAUGCUGCUCAAGCUGGCCGACUUUGGCAACGCCCGGAUCAUCAGCAACGAGGCCGACUAUAUGCCAUAUCAGGUCGCCCGACCCUAUCGUGCCCCGGAGCUGAUGUUCGACGUGUGGUCCGGCGGGUGCGUCAUGGCGGAAAUAGCAACAGGCCAGACGCUCUUCACAUCAGCCAAGACGAAAGAAAUGGCCGCCGUCGUCGUCAAUGUCCUGGGCUACCCGACCGAUGAAGACGUGAAGGCGAUGAAAGUGGGCCGACCUCGCGUGCGCAAGGGCAAAAACCUUGGCCUGCAAAAGCAUAUGCCGUCGAUACCAAAGGAAAUGCUGCCCGUCCUCGAGAAGAUCCUCGUCUACAACAUUAAAAAACGAAUCACGGCACAUCGACUUCUCUCCGACCCAUUUUUCGCCGAGUUGAAGCUGCUCCCCAAACGGUCGAACGGCCAUCGUAUCCCGGACUUUGGCUACGAUAUCCAUGAACAGGCAACCCAAUUCGACGAACACACGCGAACCGCCGAGUCGAAGUCCGAGUACGAUCCGCCGGCCCGUUCAGAGUAUCACAUUAUGUCGACGCCCAUUAAAGAUAAAUCGGAGGCCCCGCGCUCCGAGGCGCCGAAGAACGAGGGGAAGACGAUGCGAGCCGAUCUGAAGCCGCGGUCCCGCUGUGCGCACAAACCGAAGACGGCACGCGAAGUGAACGGCAACCACACACAACCAAAGACACUCCCGAAGACGACCAGCAAAUGCGAACACCCC